UGCUUCCGGUUAGGAACGCGGUGACCUGGGUGCCGCUGGAGUCUGUGGCGACAGCUGCCAUGGGGGCGCACCUGGCCACGCGCUACCUGGGCGAUACCUCAGGGGAGCCAGACCCCCUGCGGAUGCCCACCUUCCCGCCCGACUACGGCUUCCCCGGGCGCAAGGAGCGCGAGAUGGUGGCCACACAGCAGGAGAUGAACGAUGCACAGCUGGUGCUGCAGCAGCGGGACUACUGUGCCCACUAUCUCAUCCGGCUGCUCAAGUGCAAGCGUGACAGCUUCCCCAAUUUCCUGGCCUGCAAGCAUGAGCAGCAUGACUGGGACUACUGCGAACAUCUCGACUACGUGAUGCGAAUGAAGGAGUUUGAGCGGGAGCGGCGGCUGCUCCAAAGGAAGAAGCGGCGGGAGCAGAGGGAGGCGGAUUUGGCCAGAGACCAGGUGGCCCUGUAGUGGGGCCCACCCAUCACCCUUGGACAAGUGGAGAAAAUAAAAAGGCCCUCAGCCCAA